AUGGCUGAGGUUGCAGAACAGGCUCAGAAUUGGAGUUCUUCAGUGAUAUGUAUGGUAAUGGGAUCCAAUCCCCCAUUUGCUGUGUUUGAAGGCUUUGUGAAACGAAUUUGGGGACACCUGGGAAUUGAACGUGUGGUGAGGAUGAAUAUGGGACUCACCAUUGUCAAAUUCAAUGAUGAGGCUACUAGAGAUUUUGUUCUGGAGAAUGGCAUUGUGCAGUUCGACAAGAAGCCAGUUAUUGUGCGACCUUGGACUCAAGAUCUAGACAAUAUAAGGUUAGUCCGCUCUGUACCUCUUUGGAUCAGACUACCUAAUUUAGGUCUUCAAUAUUGGGGCAAAAAAUGUCUAAGUGCCUUGGUCAGUACAAUUGGGAAGCCAAUUAUGGUGGAAAAGUUUACAAAGGAUAGGUCGAUGAUCAGAUAUGCUAGAGUUUUUGUUGAAAUGGAGAUAACUGAUGACCCCCCAUUUAUCAUUUAUUUUGUGAAUGAGAGAGGACAGGUACAAGAACAGUUUGUUGAAUAUGAAUGGCUCCCCAUAAAAUGCAAUAAUUGCAAAGGAUUUGGUCAUAAUUUGGCUGAUUGCAAGAAAAAUGGCUCUAAGGUUUGGGUAAAAAAGGGUGCGACUGAACAGGAACAUGCCAGUUCUGUUCCUGAGGUUGCAGAUGCUGAGGCUAGUUCAGGUGAAUCAUCUGGCGUUCCUGUGGCUGUUAAAGUAGUAGAAGAGAAACAUGCUGAGUCAGUGAUAGAUGUUCGAGUGGCAGCUAAAGAAAAGGGACUUUCACAGGAUAAUCUAUUAUCACCUAAUCAUGCCAAUAAAGAGAAUUGGGAAACUCCUAAGAAAGUUGGGAACUCAAAAGGUAGAGGCAAGUCUGUGGGAUCUAAUUUGGACAACAAACAGAAUGCAUUCAAGGUUCUUCAAGAACAGGGAAAAGGAGAGAACAGUGGGAACUUAAAUAACUCAAAGUCUGAUGGAUUGCUCAAAUAUACUUAG